UGAGCGGUCACAUUGUAGUUAAUAUCAUCAGCAAAUUGUGAAAUUUUUUAGUUUUUCUAGCUUUUCAAAUAAAUGGACAGAAAUAUGGAGGUUGACGAGGAAGAAUUCGAAGUGCCCUCCAGCAGCAGCAAGGGCGAAAAGAAGCGUUUCGAUGUUAAAAAAGUAAGUUUACAAAUGCAGCACACACAGCAUUUUCAGGCACUCAAUGCGCACACCGCUGCGUAUGUGAAUCAGUGCGUGUGCUGUGGUGUGUUCAAUGGGAAUUUAUUAACAAACCCUAUUUUUGCAAUUUUUCUUUUCUUUGCUGCUCCUUUCUGCAAUUAUCAGUGGAACGCCGUGGCUCUUUGGGCCUGGGAUAUCGUUGUCGACAAUUGCGCUAUUUGCCGCAACCACAUUAUGGAUUUAUGCAUCGAGUGCCAGGCUAAUCAGGCCUCUGCCACUAGCGAGGAGUGCACCGUGGCCUGGGGCGUUUGCAAUCACGCCUUCCAUUUUCAUUGCAUCUCGCGUUGGCUGAAGACACGCCAGGUGUGCCCCCUGGACAAUCGCGAGUGGGAUUUUCAGAAGUACGGUCACUAGACUGAACCAUAUGAAGCGUCUCCUUCCCAACAAAACACAACACCACACCACAUCGUUCUCCUCCAAGAAACGGCUUGCAGCAUGCACCCAUAUUCCUUGGGCCAGCCCCGGGAUAUUUGAGGACAGACACACCUCACAACCUCCAGGAUCAGAUUAACAUGAACAGCAGUACGGCGCCAAUGGAUUCAGUAAACUCUUAGAUGUAAGGAACUCAACUUUUUACACAAAUAAAGAAGAAAGUCCUGAAUAUACGUAAA